AUGGUCAGCUUCAUAUCCCUCAUCUCCAGAUCAGACAAGCCACUAUAUAUCCAGCUGUUUCUUCCAACCUCCAAUGAUCCGGCUACAGCCAAUGAAUUCCUCAAGUUCAACUUCUUGAGCCAUAUGGGUUUGGAUGUAUUCUCGUCACCGACCUCCCUAACGCUCAGAGAACAACAACAACAACACCAAAAAAACCAAGGCGUUGCUCCCAUCUACCUUUUGCUAUUCAUUCACGACGGGAUCCUGGUUUAUGGCUACGAAACCAACAAUGGAUUGAAAAUUCUUGUUGGACUGGAAGCACCUGAAACUACUGACCGUCUUAACCAGCUUUUCCUCAAGAUUCAUAAAUGCUACUUGCGGGCAGUUUGUAAUCCGUUUAAUGGUGGUGUUGAGGAUGCCGAUGAGAGCAUCGAGAACUCAGCGACCUUUGAUCGCAAUUUGAAGCAAGUGGUGGCGCAAUGGCUGAGCCACGAUGCCGAAGCUGACUAG